AUGACUGAUGUCAGACAGGCACUUAUUAUAGCCGGUUGCUGUUGCCUAAUAAAUGCAGAGGUACUAGUGACCCCUGGUGUGAACUACGAUGACCAUCACCAUCACCAUGACGACUUAGCCCAACCAACUCCGUACCAGUUUGGAUACAGCGCCCCAGCUGAAGGUGGAGGAAUUACUCAUCAGGAGUCGGGUGACGGAAACGGACGCGUAACCGGGUCCUACACGAUUGAGGACGAUGAUGGACGUUCCAGAGUGGUCGAGUACGUGGCGGAUGAAGGUGGGUUCCGGGCAGCCAUUUCCACCAACGAGCCGGGUACUGCCAACCAGAAUCCAGCUGACGUAGUCAUUGAGUCAAGUGCUGAUAACGGAUAUGGAGGUGUUCAAACAAUUGCAGCAGCACCAGCUCCAGCACCUGUGGCAAUCUCUCCAGUUGCUCCUGUUGCAGUGAUUCCACAAGCCCCUGUAAGAAUUGCUCCCCGCCCUACACCUCUACGUAUCAGACGGCCAGCUUUAGUUCCCAUACGGCCAGCACUCGUCCCCAUUCAACCCACAAUCAUCCCAUCAGAAUACAACAGAUACUUCUCUCGUCCAGCAUUUUUGCCCUUUGGAGAUUCUAGAUUAAUUUCACCGGCUUCAUAUCCAGUACCAACAAGAAUAAUCAACCAGCCAGCAGUUUUUUCUGUUUCUCCACAGUUGAUUAGCCAACCUGAUGUUGUUCCUAUUGGCCCACAGUUGAUAAGUCAACCAGCUGUCCCACAGUUGUUAAGUCAACCUGCUGUUGUUCCUGUUGGUGCUAGGUUGAUAAGUCAACCUGCUGUUGUUCCUGUUGGUGCUAGGUUCAUAAGUCAACCUGCUGUUGUUCCUGUUGGUACUAGGUUGAUAAGCCAACCUGCUGUUGUUCCACGGUUGCUAACUCAGCCUGCUAUUGUUCCUGUUGGAACAAGAAUCAUCAGCCAACCAGGUUUAUUUCCAAUUGCUGAAUCAUACGACCCAUUCAGGUCUGGUAUCUUUAGUGGUUAUAGAUCUUUUAAUGACAAGGCAUAA